UACAUACACGGCACGACUGACUAGACAUGUACAAGCCUUUUAGCAUAGUAUGUUCAUGUUGGUUAAUAUUUUAAGCUGUGCAUUCACGUAAUAAGUUACUUUUAUACUAUUGCUGCGCACAGUAGGUUACUUUCUCAUCUUUAGCUAGCUGUCGACAGUGCUAAAGAAGAGCUGGCUGUGCUGGUGACAAGAGUUUAAGCUAACCCACAGAGGACAUAAUGAUGGCUUACACACAGAUACUGAAAACCCUGCAUCGAAAUUUGCAACAGACGGGGACACGGUACACCGUGCAGGCAUUUAAACUCACGCAGGUUAGCUUGCUCGUCCACGCACAUAGGGCAGUGUCAACCGUCCCCACACCGACCUUCCACAGAAGAGCCGAGGCUCCUUCGUCCGUCCUGCCAGCACUGAGCUGCUUCGUUCAAGCACAGAGACGGCGGGGUAUUUCUGUCGACUUUACAGCCAGGAAUAAGAAUAGCCCCGAGGACAGAGAUAAGUCAGUUUCCAGGUAUCAAAGUGGGAGCCCAAAGCCUUCAGCUGCACAAAAAGUGAAGGAAGCUGGCAGAGACUUCUCCUACUUGAUAGUUGUACUCAUCGGUCUUGGAGUGACAGGUGGGCUGUUAUAUGUGGUGUUCCAGGAGCUGUUUUCUUCCUCCAGUCCAAAUAAAAUCUAUGGGAAAGCCUUUGACAAAGUCAAGUCACACCCAGAAGUGAUUGGUGCAUUUGGGGAGCCAAUCAAAUGUUAUGGUGAGACCACCCGUCGAGGAAGGAGGCAGCAAGUCAGUCACAUGGAGUACCUGAAGGACGGGCUGAAGCAUAUGAGACUGAAGUUUUACAUCGAAGGCUCAGAACCAGGCCUCAAAGGAACUGUACAUUCGGAGUCAAAAGAGAAUACUGACACUGGAAAAUAUGAGUUUCGUUACAUAUUUGUGGACAUAGACACAUACCCAAGACGGACCAUCAUUGUGGAAGAUAACAGAUAAGAAAGAUGAUGGACUCGAAGAUUUACUUCACUGAAAAAAAUGUGAAUAAUAUGUUUCUAAAAGGCAGGAUUGUGUUCUUGGACAAAUAGCUAAGGAUGCAAAUUCUAAUUUACUAUUAAAAGUUGUGAUGUUAAACAUCAACAAUUAUAGCUGAUUUAAACUGUGCUACAGCAAUGUACUGGUCAGUAUUUAGUGGAGAACUUUGCAAAGCACAGUUUCUUCACAGAUAUAAAAUGAUCAUUUGAUUGUUAUGUGUUUCUGUUUUAUAGAAUAUACAUGUGUUACACAUAAUUUUUUGUUUUGGUUUUUAUUUUUGAUUAAAAGACUAGAAGGUGAAUCUUGAAGCAACCUGUAAUCAAAAAUGCUUUUAAAUUGCAAUAAAAAUGGUUAUGUGCACAGUGAUACACAUACAAACAAAAUAUCAGUGUUUUUUUUCUC